AUGAGGUUGAGAGCAAUAUUAGGUUACACCUUCUUCGGAACGACAUGCACGGUAUUCUGGUCCGUUGUUUUGUUCUACCUUUUGGCCGGCAAAGGUGAACAAAUCAGUAUCGGUUGGUUUUUAGCUAACACGUCGCCCUACAUGUGGGCCGUGUUAGGUAUAUCGCUUGCAGUUGCACUGUCCGUUGUCGGAGCCGCUUUGGGAAUACAUACAACUGGCGUGAGCAUUGUCGGCGGUGGUGUGAAAGCGCCUCGUAUCAAGACCAAGAACCUCAUCUCCGUCAUUUUCUGUGAAGCAGUGGCUAUUUAUGGACUCAUCACCGCAAUCGUUAUGUCCGGUCAAUUGGAAUCGUUCACGGACAACGUGGAUACCCUUAAAAGUAUUCGAGAGCAAAAUUGGAUGGCUGGUUAUUUAAUUUUUGCUGCCGGCAUCAGUGUAGGUUUGGUGAACUUAUUUUGCGGUAUCGCUGUUGGAGUAGUUGGUUCUGGUGCAGCAUUAGCAGAUGCUGCCAAUUCUUCUCUCUUUGUCAAGAUUUUGAUAGUAGAAAUUUUUGGAAGUGCGAUUGGUCUUUUUGGUCUAAUUGUUGGCAUUUACAUAACUUCCAAAGUGAAAAUGGGUGAUAAGUAA